UCUUUUAAGAGUUUUAAUUAUUUUAUGGGUUAAUGGGUUUAACCCAACCCAUUAUAACCCAUUUAAUAUGUGAGUUGAAAAUGAAUUGGAUUUAUUUUGGACUCAAUCCAAUUUAACUCGGCCCAUAACCAACCAAUACACCCAUUUGCCACCUCUACUUCAAGGGAUGAGCCCAAUCCUCAUCUAAUUGAAGACGCUCAUCAUGUAAAAAAGCUCCGACAUUGAUAGCAAAAACAUCAGACAACAGUCAGUCGAGGGUACAAUGUUUUAUUUAUUUAUUUAUUAUUUUUUUGGGGGGUUCUUAUCGAACUCAGAAGAGUGAGAGUAUAAGCGAUUUUGACAUCUCCACCCCGUAUCUCAAUUAGCUUGCCAAUCGUUUCAAAGAAUAUCGAAUUGAGACUUUUUUUGUUAUGAUUUUAGACUUGCUUAUUAUUUAGUUAGUAUUGAUUCCCCUCCCUUGUCACUUACUCAUCUUUUUAUAUAUCUAGUUGUGUCUGGUAAGGUUUGUUACGUGUGAAAGUUCUGUUGAUUAAAUAAUAUAUAUCCUACUUUGUGACUAUACCACCUUGUAAGUUUGGGCAGGCUCGUUUAUUUUCCAAAUCCACAUAUUUGAAUAUCAAUUUUUUUUUUGUUUUUGAUUCUAAUAUCUCCCCCUUGUAUGUUCAUUUGAAUGUUUAAGUGUAACAUACACAAGUGACUUUCUAUACAUUCUGUCUGUCGUUGGUUAAGUGUAUCAUACAUAAGUGACUUUCUAUACAUUCUCUGGCUAGCUUUCCUUGGAGAUUUUCACUUUCUUUACGCGUUAGGAUUAGGGGACAGCUCAGAUAGGGUUCCUUGGAGCGCCGUUUGGUUCAGGAGGGCCCUUUUAAACGUUCUUUUAUUUACUUGCACUGCCUGGUGGGAAGCUUUUUUCACCAUUGACAAUAGUAAAAGAAGAGUAACUUCAUUGUCAAUCGGUGUUGGAUGUCUAGAAAUGCCGAGGAGUCAGCAAACAUUUGAUGAUAGUCUUAGAAGUGGCUAGAGAGUUACUGGGUACAUAGCUUAUUUGGUUCAUAUGAUAGGGAUUAUACCGAAGUCAGGCUAGAGAUGCUUCACAGAUGGAGGGGUCUUCUGUAAGAAGGUGCUCCCACGAAAGGUGGGAUACGACCCUGAUAUGUUUGUUUUGAUCUAUCAUAGGGAAAAGAAUUGGAGAUCGGGAUCCUAUAAUCUUGAGUUGUCUCUAAUUGAAUUUAUACUGGACCUACAUAUACUCGUGUUGACCUCUUAGAUAAUUUAUUGCUAGGAGCUUAGUUGUAGUUAUUUCUUGCUUCUUGGAAGCGCCUUUUGUGCAAAAAUGGGUUUUUCAGUGAAAUACACUUAUUUAUGCAAAAAUUAGCGAAAAUAGAUUACACAACAUUUAAUCUUUUGCUGCAUCAACACAUUCUAUGUUCUUAUCCAAAAUUUUCUAAAAGUGAGGGUUACUGAUGAAAUUUUGCCACCAUAAAACUUCCAAAUAAAGGGAAAAAUGCCGUAAUAAUGCUCUCUCAAACAAAAGUUGGAAUGGACAUGAUAACUAGCAGUAGGUCCUGAGUAACAUAGACAUAAGAUUUUCUCAUAAAGGAUGCAAAAGGAGACAAACAGUAACUCCUCCCUUUAAUUUCAAAACCCUAUGAAUCAGUUCAUAUUCAUUGGAAAUGGCUGAAAGAUGAUACUUCCUUUAAACUAGGCAGUAGUCUAUGUGUAUGCUUAUGCAUUUGUAUAUAACCUGUCUUGUAACAUAUAAUAAAGUUAAUGAACGGUACAAAUCGGCGAUACACUUAAUUUUAUGAGCAAAAUGUAUCAUGUUGGAUGUAUCAAAUCAAGAAUAGUAAGAUGCCAACAACUAUUUCGUAGAUUGAUUUAUUCAUCCACAAACUGUAAGAUUUGUAAAAAAAAAAUCUGAUUGAUCCUUCAAACUUCAUGCUUUCAAUUUAUUUCAAUUUUGAAAAAGCUAUGAUGACUAUUAGAUGGAUUGAUUUACUCAUCGCUGAACUAUUAUUUUGGACAAAAAAAUCUGAUUGACAAUUGAAAAUUUGUGCUUUCAAUUUUUUCCUUAAUUGCAAUUGAGCAAUGUAUUCCUGAAUUCAAAGUUUCAGGUUUCCAGAUUGCAAAUCUAUAUUAUUCUGAACCUAUAUCCCAACAUUCGAAUAAUGUAAAUUAAUGCACCAUGAUGUAAUUUCUCAAGCCCUAAAUUAUACAUUACCAAUUUAGUAAGUUUCUGUUUGGGAACAUAUAACCCGCCAAGUAAGUGACAGUAGACAACAUAGCUUUAUUUUGAGUUUAUCUGCUCAUUCAGCAUGGAGUGUUGCCUUGCUUUAAAUUUGGGACGCCUCGAAAUUACCACAUUAUAUCCCUCUUAUUAUUUUGCUUUGAUUUAAGCAUCAGGUGAAACAUAAUUGCCUAUGGAUACUGGAGGCAAUUCUCUUCCAUCUGGAUCCGAUGGCGUGAAGAGAAAAGUGUGUUAUUUUUAUGAUCCAGAGGUUGGCAAUUAUUACUAUGGGCAGGGUCACCCUAUGAAGCCUCACAGGAUUCGAAUGACACAUGCUCUUCUUGCACAUUACGGAUUACUUCAACACAUGCAGAUCCUCAAGCCUUUUCCCGCAAGGGAUAGAGAUCUUUGCCGGUUUCAUGCCGAUGAUUAUGUGGCAUUUCUGAGAAGUAUCACCCCUGAAACUCAGCAAGAUCAGCUGAGGCAACUCAAGCGAUUCAAUGUUGGUGAAGACUGCCCCGUGUUUGAUGGUCUCUACUCUUUCUGUCAAACUUAUGCUGGUGGGUCAGUUGGUGGUGCAGUUAAGUUAAAUCACGGUCUCUCUGACAUUGCUAUAAACUGGGCUGGUGGGUUGCACCACGCUAAGAAGUGUGAAGCAUCUGGAUUUUGCUAUGUGAAUGAUAUUGUGCUUGCGAUCUUGGAACUUCUCAAACAGCAUGAGCGUGUUUUAUAUGUGGACAUUGACAUUCAUCAUGGAGAUGGUGUAGAGGAGGCUUUUUACACAACCGAUAGGGUCAUGACUGUUUCUUUCCAUAAAUUUGGAGAUUAUUUUCCUGGUACUGGGGACAUACGUGAUAUAGGAUAUGAAAAAGGGAAAUACUACUCCCUCAAUGUUCCGCUAGAUGAUGGGAUAGAUGAUGAGAGCUACCACUUUUUGUUCAAGCCAAUCAUUGGGAAAGUGAUGGAAGUUUUCAGGCCUGGUGCCGUAGUUCUGCAGUGUGGUGCUGAUUCCUUAUCUGGGGACCGGUUAGGAUGCUUCAAUCUCUCAAUAAAAGGUCACGCACAGUGUGUCACAUAUAUGAGAUCUUUCAAUGUGCCACUGUUGCUGUUGGGUGGUGGUGGUUAUACUAUCAGGAAUGUUGCCCGUUGUUGGUGUUAUGAGACAGGGGUUGCGCUUGGAAUUGAAGUUGAUAACAAGAUGCCUCAGCAUGAAUAUUAUGAGUAUUUUGGUCCAGACUACACUCUUCAUGUUGCCCCCAGCAACAUGGAGAACAAGAAUUCUCGCCACUUAUUGGAAGAAAUAAGGGCUAAGCUUCUUGAUAAUCUCUCGAAGCUUCGUCAUGCACCCAGCGUUCAACUUCAGGAAAGGCCACCGGAUACUGAGCUCCCUGAGGAAGACUCUUUUUCUAAGUAG